AUGGCCUUCAAAUCAGUACUACCCCGUCGGUCCAACACCGUGACCACCUCGAAUACAACGAGAACGUCGACCUCUGCGUCGAUGGGCGAAGGCGAUGCCAUUCCCGAUUCGGAUUACAAGGAUACGACGAAUCUCCUGGUCGAACGCCUCCAUGCGUGGAAACAUGUAUGCGGAAACCUGGAAGACUACAUGACCACGACAAUGAAAGUGCAAAAGUCCCAUGCAAAGGAGCUCGAGAAGGUCUUCAAGACUGUUUCCGAACCUAUCAAGGAGGAGCACCAUUUCGACCAAGGUGCCACCGGUGUCUCUGACGCUGAGAAGCGCUUGAAGCAAUCCGUCGUCCCCAUCCUAGAACAGCUACACGCCGAGAUCAAGACUAAGGCGAAGGAACUCGGCGGAGGAGCUAUGAAACACGGAAAGGAAGUCACCAAAUCUCGCGCGGCUACCCAGAAACACAUCGAGCUCCUCGGUCAGUAUGCGGCAACCUUUGAGACGUCCAAGUCCAGGCUAGACGCCGCCCACGAUCCAUACAUUCUCUCCCGUGGUGUCACUUAUCGUCUAGGACGGCAGGUCGCAGACGAAAACUUACAUUUCCAGGAGAUUCUGACCAUCCAGAACUCCAUACCGACUUUUGAGGCUCAUAUCAUCGAGACGAUCCAGCGGGCUAUGAACGAGUUCUUCCAAUGCAUGACUGCUCAAACGGACCACCACCGGAACAUGUAUUCUAACAUCGUCACCCACUCCCAGCAGAUCCCGAUCGACUUUGAAUGGAACAAUUUCUUCAAGCGCAACGACGCUACCUUGCUGGACCCCAGCGCACCGCUACGAGAUCUGGCAACUAUCAGGUACGCCAACCAAGAUCACCACGCCACCAAGCCGUUGGUCGAGGGCAUCCUGGACCGCAAGUCCCGUGCGGUCCUUAAGGGCUACACUGGAGGAUACUUUGCCAUCACUCCUGCUGGCUAUUUGCACGGCUUCAAGGAGAAUGAUGACACCCGUCACGAGCCAGUCCCGGAUAUCUCACUCUAUCUCCCCGAGUGCACGAUCGGCGGGUUCAACGAUCUCAAGUUUAGCGUGAAGGGCAAAGACUUGUCUGGUGGCAAGGUUGGAAACGCAUUCCACAUGACUAGCGAAUUCAACUUCAAGGCUCGUACCAAGAACGACUUCGAACAGUGGCAGGCUGUACUCUCCAAUCCCGGUUCAUGGAGUGGAGCAGGCUCUGUCGUAGCUUCGCCUAGCGGCUCCCAGGUCGCCUCUCCAGUGUCUCCCAUCUCUCCUGCGGCGACUAUGCCUAACGUGGGAGAGGCCAGCGGCCAAGCGGGUAUAACUGAAAAAGCUGCCGUGCCACCUGAGCAGCCUGCCACGACAGAGACCACACAAGGUGAUGCUCCGGCGGUGGCUGAGAAACCUGCCGUUGAGGCUGCUCCUCCAGCACCCACUAAUGCUGAAGGAGCCCCUGCCACUGAGCCUAUGCCGACAACGACGACUGGUGCAGUCACCGAGGGCACUGUGACGAAACCAGCAGUACAGGAAGAAGGGACUGUUUCUGUCCCCACAGCGGAGAAGUAG